AUGUGUGUCCCAAACCAGCGAAAAACCCAAACAGCUCCGGCGAGUUCCCGCCUCUCGACAGGUGAAAACCCCAAAGGACCGCUCUGCUUGACCUUAACCUGCCAAGGAUCCGGGGAUGCGGAGGCUCUCGGCACCCGCAGCCAAAUCGCACCUGUUGGGGCUCCCGAGGGUGCGGACAGCUGCUACCGCCGCAUCGCCAAUCGGGAGCCGCGGGACCCUGCCGGGCCGGUUGGAUCUGGGGGUCGGGGACAGCCGCCGCCCGGCGGGUCUUACCUUGCGCUCACCGGGCCCAGGCUGGGGCAUCCGCGGGGUACGCGCCGCUCCGAGGCUCGCAGCGCACCUGGCUGCCUCGAGCCGGGCCGCAGUGUUGCCACCGCGCUAGCGCUGCAUGGCGCACCCGGGCCGGCCCGGGACCUGGAAGCGUGUCCAGUUGGCCGCGACUCCUCCGGCUCUAGCUGCUCGCCAAGGGCUCCCGCCUUCCCCUGCCCGGCGUCCGUGUGCCCUUCCUCGCCGGCCGCCCUUUUCCCUCGGCUCUGCCCGACCGGCCAAACUGGUUUCUCCGCUCCAGGGAGGAGCCUCUGGUCUUCCUCCAGCAGCAGCCGCCGCCGCCGCGCGCGGCUUGCGGACGGGGCUGGAGCUGGGGCUGGGGGCGGGUCCGCCGUCUGCCCUCCCUCAUACCCUCCCGGGGGCGGAGAGGGGCUGGACAGCAAGGCCUGGGGCUGGCCUACACGGCUCGGCUCCAGGGCCGCGCCCUCCCACAGCCCCAGAGGCUGGUGGCCACCCCUGACUGUGACCGAUCUUAGUCUAGCCUGUGACCCUGCAGCUGCGGUCGCUCCCUGCUCCCGGGGCGUUCCUGCUCCCCGGCCCCGCAGUCGGUACCCCAACUCUGAGCCUCCGCGUCAGUUUCCCGCCCUCUGCCUGCUUGGUCGCAGCCAGAGAGAGGUUGGUGACCUCGCCAGCCCGAAAAGCUGGCGGGGCUGCUGAGCCCGGGGACCUGAACUCCUUCUGUAAGAGGAGCUCUGUUCGCUCCAAGCCAAGUCACGUUUCGGGACGAGUCAUCGAAGGUGUGUUGCGGGACAACAGACUUCAAGAAGCCCAGUAAUUGCAGCAAGCACACUUUCUGCUGAGACCAAAAUCGCUCAAGUUUAGAGCUUUGGGCCUGAGAAUGCUUCCGGCGAACUGCACCGUGUAGUUGAAAGUUUGGGACCUGUGUUCAGCGUUGCUACCAGGGGUUUGGAGUGAGAAUCGCGCCCUCGCGGGCAGUACGGACGGUGCAGUCCUGACACCUGCACCUGUAACUCUCCACACCUUGGACUCCUGUCGCUGCUCAUCUGCUGCGGACAAUUCGCUGGGUUUAGAAUGGAGGAAAGAAAAGACUUGAUCCUGCCAUCUCAGCAUAAAUGAAGGCUUGGGCGGCUUCCUUGCAGUAAAACACCGCCUCACCGCCUCGGAGAAGCGGCCUUCGUGGUCCCGCUGCACCGCCAGCCGUGCGAACUGCACCGCGUCCCGCUCCAGCAGAGGGAAGAGGACAAGCGCGGACACCGGCCGGCGCCAGGCUGAGGCGCGGCGGACCGAGUGGCAGAGUUUACUUCCGGGGUGAGCCCCUCCGCCUCCGCUCAGACCGACCCGGCCGCCGGGGCCACACCACGUAGUGCGAAGUCCUCAGGCAGAAAUGUGUGUCAGUCCUUUAGAAUACGAGGAGUAUGGUGUGGUCGAUACUCAGUGAGAGAGGCAUAGCGCCGGAAGAGACAGGUGAGAGAGACGCUUGUAGGUAUCAGGUGAUUCUGCAGCCAAAGUGAGAACUGUUGAUUUUGUUUACAGUGUGGGAUUUGACCUGACUCAAAAGAUAAGCAAUAUCCUCCCCAUGCAAACUUUCCAGAUUUCCCAGGACUCAUCUUGCAAUGGAUUUGGCAAGUCUAGAUUCAGUAGAAAACUGAAAAUGUCACAGCUUCUUUUCUUGUAAUUAAUUCUUUCACUUACAGCUUCUCUUGUCCAAGUCAGAGGGUCAUUUCCUGUCACUGCUCAGUCUGCCAACAUCUUCCUGGUGUACUCUGGUCUUCUGGCUCUCCUCCAUAGCACAGCCUUGCAUAAAUCACCAACUUAGAAGCUGGCAAUCUUCAUGUUGAACCUGAAUUCUGCUCUAUGCUUUAAACCAACCCCUCCUUGUAGCUUUAUGUGAACAUAUGACGAAAUUCCAGCAGCAAUGAUGGGUGCAGCUUCUUGCCCCUUUAAUCCUUUUUGCAGGGUGGAAUAGAGAUGAGCUGCUGGAUCAGGAGCAGCUAUACUGAAUCACUGGAAAAUUAAAAAAACAGGCAUUGGAAAAUGCAGAAUAAUUAGACAAGGGCUACAGACCUAAAACAGUCCCCAAGAUGGCGAAUAAUGCCAUAACAA